CUGUGAAGUGGGCGGAGUCACAGCAGCAGGAAGAUUGACACACGGAAGGGCGCGUGCGUCAGUCCUCGAGAAUGAACAACAUUCUCGGGCAUUUGAGCCACGGAACCGAGCCCAAACCGAACACGGAGGACCCUUCAUCACCGUGAGACCACCGCCCCACGGAGUGACCCCUUUAGGCAACGGCCAGUCAACCAAUGGAGGACGGAGACGCCGGAACCACGAAGGAAACUGGGCCCGCGAAUUCGGGUGACUCGAGCUCAGCAGCGUCCGCCGGGAAUGGACCGGACAGUCUAACAGGUUCCCACGUGGAAUGGUGUAAGCAGCUGAUUGCAGCCACCCUCUCCAGCCAGAUCUCCAGACCCGGCCCGCCCGACACCUUAAACAGGGAGAACAAGGAUGCAGAUGAAGGACUUUGUUGCCGUGGAGAAAGUGAUUCUGAGCAAUCCUCCGAUGCUUUGAAGCUUCCAGUUCUGGCAUUUAGAACACCUCUCAGGAUGAUCCAGAACCAGGUACCUCUUCUGCCAGGAGAGACCGUCCAGCUAACAGUCAAAGACAUGGUGUACAUCUGUCCAUUCAUUGGUCUGAUUAGCGGGACUCUGACCAUCACAGACUACAAGCUGUACUUCACCAGUGGGGAGAAGGAAUCUCCCUUCGUCCUCGACAUAAACUUGGGAGUCAUCAGCAGACUGGAAGCUAUCAGUUUUCCCGACCAGGAGGAGAUGACCAAAGGACUGGAACUGGUUUGUAAGGACAUGAGGAGCCCACGGUUUGCUUUCAAGUUUGAGGAGACCCAGCCCAGCGUAGUAGACGUUCUGAACAAAUACGUCUUUCCUCUCUCCCACAACCUGCCCCUGUUUGCGUUCCAGUACAAGGAGACUUUUCCAGCAGACGGCUGGAAGGUGUACGACGCUGCAGCAGAAUAUCGGCGUCAGGGUCUGCCAAAUGAGAGCUGGACCAUCAGUAGGGUGAACAGCAUCUACGAGCUGUGUGACACCUACCCCUCUACGCUGGUCAUUCCCACCAACAUCACAGAGGAAGACCUCAAACGAGUGGCGUCAUUCAGAGCCAGGCACCGCGUGCCGGUCCUGUCCUGGAUCCAUCCAGAGUCUCAGGCCACCAUAGUCCGCUGCAGCCAGCCUUUAGUGGGACCUUCCGACCGCCGCUGCAAAGAAGACGAGCGUCUCCUCCAGGUCAUCAUGGACGCCAACGCUCAGUCCCACAAGCUCACCAUCUUUGAUGCCCGACAAAGCAGUGUUGCCAUCAGCAACAAGGCAAAAGACGGAGGUUUUGAAAGUGAAAGUUUCUACGCCAACGCUGAGCUGAUCUUCCUAGAGAUCCCCAACAUCCAUGUGAUAAGAGAGUCUCAGAGGAAGUUGAAGGACAUGCUAUACCCCACCAUUGAUGAAGCCCACUGGCAUUCUGCUAUCGACCAGACUCACUGGCUGGAGUACAUUCGGCUGCUGUUAGCGGGAGCAGCAAAGGUGGCACACAAGGUGGAGUCUGGGAAGUCGUCGGUGGUGGUCCACUGCAGCGACGGCUGGGACCGAACCGCCCAACUGACCUCUCUCUCCAUGUUGAUGCUGGACGGAUACUAUCGCACCCUCACAGGCUUCCAGGUUCUGGUGGAGAAGGAGUGGAUCAGCUUUGGACACAAGUUUUGUGCUCGAGUCGGUCACGGUGACAAAGACCAUGCUGACUCGGAGCGCUCGCCUCUCUUCGUCCAGUUUGUCGACUGCGUUUGGCAGAUGACUCGUCAGUUCCCAUCUGCCUUUGAGUUCAACGAGCUGUUCCUCAUCACGGUGCUGGAUUACCUCUACAGCUGCCUCUUCGGGACAUUCCUCUGCAACAGUGAACAGGAGAGGGUCGCCCAGGAGGUCCAGACCAAGACGGCCUCCCUGUGGUCGUACAUCAACAGUCAGUCUGAGGAUUUCACCAAUCCCUUUUAUGAAAACUACCAGAACCACGUUCUGUAUCCGCUGGCGUCUUCCAGACACCUGGAGCUUUGGACCGGCUACCACGCCCGCUGGAACCCCCACAUGAGGUCCCAGGUCCCGGUGCAUCAGACCCUGAAGGAGCUGCUGAUCCUCAGAGCGGAGCUGCAGCGGAAGGUGGAGGAGCUGAGGAGGGAGGUGUCUGCACGCUCGCCGUCCUUCUCCUCCGAGCACGCCGCCUCCCCGUCGGGAACGCCGCUGCACAGCCUUGUCUAACACGUGACCCGCCUCGGAUCUGAUUGGACGUUCGACCCUUUGAGGGACGGCCAUCCCUCCAGACUUCCACAUCUGCACAUCCGAUGUCCCUCUGUGUCCCGCCUCCACUCCUCUGAUGGGACUUCACUCGGCACGUCGGGGGUUAACGAUGACCGUCUUUCUGUCCACCAGGCUUCCCAGAAUUCAAAGCUGCAUAACGAAUGGAGGCGGGGCCAGAACCGUUGCUGUAACACAGCUCAGUCUGAGAUUUGCCGCUCUGCAUGGACGCGCUGGAGAAGCUCCUGGCCUCGUGUGGGACUCCUUAUUUAUCAGCUGUGGUAACUUAAAUGGACCCAAAAAAAAGGAACAUUUGUGUUUUAUUAUUUAAAAUUCUCCUGUUUGUGUUUCUCUCCCACUGUCAUCCGUGAUAAUUGAUCUUUUUUUUAUGACAUGUUUUAAAAUCCACUUCUGACAUUCCAUAAAAGUGAAAUCAACAAUUCA